AUGGCAACAUCUAAUCUGCCAACGGCGUACACAACUGAUCCACAGGCCAGUGCAGAAUCUGUUAGAGAAGAACUCUACGCAGCCGCUGCGUGUGGAGACGUCAAGACAGUCACUCGUCUGAUUCAAGACUGUCGUGUAACAGAUCACUUGGACGCUCCUGAUGCGCGUGGAGUAACUUUGGUGACUGCUGCUGCCUGCGGAAGAGACGAGAUAGUGCACCUUCUUUUGCAGUCGGGAGCGGAUAUGGAAGCGAGGCUCCCUGGCUCGGAGUUCACCUCGCUUCUCGCAGCUGCAACCAUGGGCCACGAAGAAACCGUGCGCCUCCUUCUCGACGCCGGCGCAAACGUCGGCGCCAGGGACGUGUACGGCCACUCCGCCCUCGCCCUGGCCUCCACCUACGGCUUCAGCCGCGUCGUCAAAGUGCUCCUCGAGGAAGGGGCCUACCCAAACGAAGAGAACAACUUCGAGAAGAGUCCACUUCAUUAUGCUUGUACUGGAGGUCACUUGGGUGUCGUGAUCGUUUUAAUAGAAGCUGGUGCCAACAGAGAAGAAAAGGAUGGUGAUGGAAACACGCCGCUUAUAUUAGCUACCAAGGCUGGAAAACAAGAAAUUGUGAGGAUUAUCUUGACGGUGGGUGUGGAUGUGGAGAACGCUAACUACGAAGGAAUGAAGGCCGUACAUUAUGCUGCUGCAACAGGUAAUGCAUGUAUUCUUAAUCUGCUGAUCUUGGCUGGUGCUAAUUUGUCCAGCAAGUGCUUCGAGGGAAAUACUCCUUUGCAUUAUGCUGCCUCUCAUGGCCACCAAGUCGUGCUUCGCCAGCUUCUAUGUGCACGUGCCGGCAGAGACACUAAAAACAAUGAUGGGUCAACACCGCUUCAUAUGGCGGUUUUGCACGGUCACGUUGACAUAGUAAACGACAUCGUUACUGCUGGUGCUGAUAUCGAGGCGAAGGACAAUCGAGGCAUCACGUCCCUCAUGGCAGCUUCCCGUGAAGGUUUUCUGUCAAUCGUGCGAUUUCUUCUGUUUUUGGGAGCCAACGUUCACAUAUGGGACUUGGAAGGUCACAGAGCAUUGCACCACGCAGCUGCUGGUGGGGAUGUGAAUGUUGUAAGAGUAUUGUUAGCAGCUCAAGCAAGCUGUUUGGCACUCUCCAACACAGGUUGCACUGCGUUGCACUGCGCCGCGCUGGCAGGUAAUGAAGCGGCCGGUCGCGUGCUCGUGUUGGAUGGAGCAGACCCGAACGCCCAGAACUUCACAGGCGCCACACCACUUCAUUACGCUUGUGCUGGAGGGCACCCCCAAAUGGUGCGGGAUUUGCUGGCGGCGUACGGGAGAUUGGAAGAAAGAGACGUAGAGGGUAACACACCACUCGCUGUUGCUUGUAUGAAAGGUCACGAUGAUGUUGUCGGACUGCUUUUGGAACGUGGAGCAGAUGCGAAUGCUCCCAACAUAAAAGGGAUCACUCCAUUACAUCACGCUAUCAAGUCUAAGAAUGCGAAGACAAUACACACCCUGCUGCAAAAUUCUGGGGUGAAUAUUCACAUCAAAGAUAACAAUGGGCGCACUCCCUUAAUGUGGGCAGUGUUGUCAGGGCAACUGGAAAUAGUGCACGCGCUCUUGUUGUUGGGUGCUAAUAUAUUGGCAUUGGACAACGAAGGCCAUCCACUUCAGCCAUCUCCCGCUGUAAAUGCUGAACAUCAGAACUUUCAGACGCUGCAAUACCACAGCCUGUUAAUUUAAUAUCCUCAGAAUGUUUUUUUUGUGAGAAAAUGCAUUAAAUAUCAACAGGGUAAGAAUAUGCUGAUAGUUGUACAAAUAUUUUAAAAUUCUAAACAAUUCAACGUUCAUUUUCGUUUAGAUGCUCCUUAUUGUUUAUUCUUUCCAGUGGAGCAAGGUUUCACACAUAUAUAUAUGAAAGUAGCCAAAUGAAGUAGGCGAUAUAAAUAAGGAAUUUAGUUUUUACUCGUAUAAUAUAUACAUAAUUUUACUGCUCUUAUUUUUAUUAAGUUACUAUAAAAUAUUUUUAAUUACUUUAAAUUGUGUUAAAAUAAUUUUAAACAUACUUGGCCGUAUAACAUAAAGUUGUUCAUAUUGACAGAAAAUAGUUCGUUGAGUGAGAAAUGUUAGAUUGACAGUAUGUAAAUGAGAUGAAAAUAUACCAAUUUUUAUUUCAAUGUACUAUUAAAAUCGGAAAUUUAUGUAGGCAUUGCCAGAUGUACUGUCUACUCCAAAGCUUUGUACAAAAUUUUAAAUUUGAUGUAACAAAUUAAAACUGAAUUUUAUAUUUAUGAGAUUACCUAGAAUCAUAUUAUUACUUAUGUAUGUAUAACUGGUAUUGAAAAUAAAGGUUUCAUCCAUAAAC